CGGAAGUCCAGCGGCAGGAAGGAGAAAGGUAACACUUCCGGAAACAUUCGAGCGCAGGCUAGCAGGAGAUGCUAACGGCGUUUGUUAGAGCAUUAAUCUGAUUAUUACAGCAUUAAACCCGCUGGGAUUGACGGACACCGGACAGAUGUGAUUCCUGGAGACGAAUGAGGGUGAAAUGCAGAGACACGAGCGCGGGAAACAGAUGAAGUGAGCGGCGGCGGCGGCGGCGGCUUUUGUUCUCACAGCAAACACGAAAACAACAACAACAUCCGGUCUGAACCCGCUCCGAGUCCGACUGAACCGAGCAGGAAUGAGCCGCUGACACUCAGACACUCGUUACUGAUGAAGAUGAUGAAGAUCUGAGGCUCAGCGGUGACACAUGGCGCUGUUCCGCGAGUUCGAGGCUCCGCCGGAGUGUCCGGUGUUCGAGCCGAGCUGGCAGGACUUCAGCGACCCGUUCGGCUUCAUCCACAAGAUCCGCGACAUCGCCGAGAACACGGGCAUCUGCAAGAUCAGACCGCCACAGGGCUGGCAGCCUCCGUUCGCCUGCGACGUGCGCAGUUUCAGAUUCACUCCUCGAAUCCAGCGGCUCAACGAGCUGGAGGCCCUCACCAGAGUCAAGCUCAACUUCCUGGACCAGAUCGCCAAGUUCUGGGAGCUCCAGGGCUGCAAACUGCGCUUCCCUCACGUGGAGAGAAAAGUGCUGGACCUGUACCUGCUCAGCAAGCUGGUGUCUGCAGAAGGAGGUUUCGAGGUGGUCUGUAAGGAGAAGCGCUGGUCUAAGAUCAGCAGUCGCAUGGGUUUUCCCGGUGGGAAAGGUGUGGGAUCGCUGCUGCGCUCUCAUUUCGAGCGGAUCCUGUAUCCGUAUGAGCUCUUCCGGUCCGGAGCGUCGCUGACCGGAGUUCACAGGCUUUACCCAGAAGCCCCUGACCCCGAGGACGUAGAUGAAGGCAUCGGAGGUGGAGAGGAAGAGGCCGCGGACGAGGAGGAAGAGAAGGAGAGACGAGCCGAGAGACGCUCCCCUCGACGGCUCAAGGACGAGAGAGAAAACACGGAGCCCAAAGCCGUGCAGGUGUUCGGCGGCGGCCCGCAGCUGCUCGGAUUAGACAUCGUGGCGGCAGAUGAUGAGAGCUUCCUCAGGAAACAGAAGCACAUGAGGGCUCAGGCGUUUGCUAUUAAAAUGCGUCCGCGCAAGGAGAUGCUGGAGGUCAAUUAUGUGAGUGUGAUGUUUGUGUGUCAUAACUGUGUUCCUGUGUUUGAGCAGUACAAGUUUUACUCCUGUAUCUGACCUGUGUCCAGUCAAUUUUCCCAACACUUCCCAUUUCAAAGCAGCUUUAACAAAAAUCAUUGUUAACAUUUAUAAUAUGUUCAUACUU